CUACUUUAACUUAACACUGUUCUUUACCUCAAGUUAAAGUACGGUUAGAAAAAUAAACUCCCAGAUCACCAGCAACACAUUUCAGUUGAACCCCUACAAUCCAGUCUCAUCUGGACUUCAGCCUCAUUUAGUCUUGAAGUGAUUUUAGAGAUAUGGGUUUACAUAGCUCAUAUCUCCCCAUUUACAUGUGGCAUUAUCUCACUUGACACAGAUAAGUGGAGGGUUGGUGUCUGUCAUUGUGAUGUGAACCUGAGGCUGAAGUCCACCUGUGACUGGGCAGGAGAAGCCGUGUGAAAGGACCUGCAAUUCAGUGAACUAACAGCAGUCAACGGCCCUGUUUGCAUUCUGGUGCUUUUCAUUCAGUAAGUGUUAACUAAUACAAUAGAAGCCUGGGAGAAGAUUUGGGUACAGAGAACAACAUAUCUCAUACAGGGGUCUUCACUGAAGGAAAGUGAAGGAUGAAGUGUGUGAGAUGCUGGCUGCCAGCUGUAGCCCUGCUGCUGCUUAUUGUAGCUGGAGUUGACAUGGAGCAUCUCCAAGCUGAGAACCUGAAUCUCCUUCCUCCAGAUGAACACAACUUGGUCUUGAACCGUGGAAUGAGAGUGCUGCCCAGAGACUGCCAUGAAAUGCUGAUGACCUCUUCAGGCCAGGCCAAAGACGGGGUGUACCUGAUCCAACCAGGUGACUACCCCAUCGUGGCCUACUGUGCCAUGCAGGAGGGAGGCUGGACCGUGGUGCAGCAUAUCACCGUCAAUAGCAGCGUGAAUUUUGAUCGUACCUGGGCUGAGUACAAGCAUGGCUUUGGGGCUGUAACUGGUGAUCACUGGCUCGGGAACGAAUACCUUUAUCAGAUCACACAAGGCCCUGGGCGCUAUAAACUGGGAGUAAAACUAGUGGACCGAGAUGCCAUCACCAAGACAGGGGAAUAUGAUCCAUUCCUGGUGGAGGAUGAAUCGUCGGCAUACAGGCUGAGGCUGGGGUUGUUCCAGGGCACUGCUGUAGACGCUCUGACCCUGGACACAGAGAACUACCUGCAUGACAACCAGAGAUUCACCACUAAAGACAGAGACAAUGACAACUACUUCCAAAAUUGUGCAAAGCUGGAGUUUCAGGGGGUGCCGGGAGGAGGUUGGUGGUACGACGCCUGUGCUGGUGCCAACCUCAAUCGCAGGAAUGUCAUCUACUGGCAGAAGGACUGCAACAAGGAGCGACUGUGCAAAUAUGCAUGGAUGAUGGUGAAACCUUCAGACACAGUUAAACUGAUUCAAAGUGGAGACUGCAAAAAAGAUGAGCUAUAAGGACAUAGGAUUUGUGAUACUGUGCGACAAUGGGUUUGGCAACUAUUGACUAUUUUUUUUAGGUUUUCUUUGCAAGAAACACUACAGAAUACUACAUCACUCAUUUUCUCCUAAGAGCCAUUAAAUUGGACAUUCAAUUUACCAUGUUUUAUUCAGAAAUGCAUGGACAUGAUCACAAAAUACUGAAAUGAACAAAAAAAUAACACAGUAUAAAAAAUGCAAUACGGUUUUAGUUUCCAUCGUUCACUAUGUCAAUACAUGAAGCAAAGCAUCUCAUCAUUCCCCAAAUUGCAAGUGCAUAUUUCUGGUUUAUCACAGUUACGAACAAGUGUUUCAUGACAUUAUAGCUUAUGACACAUGUAAAAUAUAUAUUUUUUUUGCAUGUCAUCUCCCAUCCAAUGCUUACACAGAGGAACAUUUUACAAACAGCAUUUUAUUUGCCACAGUACAUUACAAGUUUGCCAGAAAUACAAUGAAGAGAUGACAUAUUGAUUUCACUACAGUAAUUCAGAGAAAACAAGUACUGUAUUUCAAUGCUCAAAGAAAAAAGAAAAUAUCCUGAGGAUGAAGACUAAUAAACAGACUAUAAUAAACAGUGUGUACUCUUAUAUCCUCCACACUGUUCCUAUUGUAAACACUGACAUUGUUUAGCAAGUUUGUCAUGUAAUGUAAUGUGUGAGCCUUUUAGUUCGAAGGCUUUGUAGGGUUCCGUUUGGGGUUAUUUAUUAAUUUUUGUCUUUUAAUUUGUGGAAUCAUUACUCUUUAAUGUCCGCUGAGAUUUUGCAGAACAGAAAAUGCAGAAUGUGUAAUGUGAAAACAACAAAGAUUAAUUUAUAUUCACUUAUCUGACAAAUUACAUUGGCACGUGUGAAAAGGCUUUGAUUAUCAUCAAGUUACAAUCUUGACUUAGCAAGCAGAUUCUGACAUCAGGACGACAUUUAUUAGCCCUUCAAAAUAAAAUAGCCAUUUCAAAUGUGCAUUAUCAAUACAAACACAAUACCUACAGAAUAAAACUGCAUGUGUCAUUACA